AAUCCCGACCCAGCCCGAAUUUUGAUCACCUCUGUCGCUCACCUCAAACUGAAAACAACUUCCUCCGCUCUUCCCUCCAAGCUCCAACCUUUCUCAAACCCAGAAACUUAUUUCCCCAUUUCAAUGGCGCUUCAAUUAAACUUACUCCAUCACUCCAAACUCCCCUCCAUUUCCACACCUCGUAGAACCCCAAUUUCCCUCUCCACAAUCACCAUUAAAAUGCCCACUUCCUCUCCCCUCCUCCGCCACAAUCACCACCAUCGUCCCAGAAAUCGCCCCAUAAUCAAACCCCCAUUUUCGCAACCUCGCUCAAAUUCCCAGUUUAAAUUCAGAGUCAAUGCCUCUGGUAAACCUGAACAUGAACCUGUACCUGUUUCGUCAAAAACUAGCAGCACGAAAUCGAUUGUGUUUUGGUCAACUGUUACCGCCAUUUUAGCGGUUGCGAACCGGGUUUUUUACAAGCUUGCUCUCGUUCCUCUUCAGAAUUACCCCUUCUUCUUGGCUCAGUUCAUCACUUUUGGGUAUGUGGCUAUUUACUUUGCUAUAUUGUUCGUACGACACCGUGCAGGGAUAGUGACUAAUGAAAUGCUGGCUAUUCCGAAAUGGCGUUUUGUGCUAAUUGGUUUUCUUGAAGCACUUGGUCUUGCUGGUGGCAUGGCAUCUGCAGCUAUGAUCCCUGGCCCAGUGAUACCAAUAUUGCAUCAGACUUUUCUGGUGUGGCAACUGUCUCUCUCUUAUAUCAUUUUGGGAAGGCGCUAUUCAUUUAUGCAAAUAGUUGGCUGCUUACUUGUAGCUGCUGGUGUCGUCGUUGCAGUUUCUAGCGGGUCUGACGGUCACCAAGUCCUUUCUGGGAUUGCAUUUGUGUGGCCAGCUCUCAUGAUUGCUUCAGGUGCUUUCCAUGCUGCAGCAUCUAUCUUGAAGGAGUUUAUAUUUGUUGAUGCUGCAACGCGUCUCAAGGGAAAGUCUCUUGACAUAUUCGUAGUCAACUCCUUUGGAUCUGGCUGUCAGGCUCUUUUUGUCCUUGUUUUGCUCCCAUUAUUAUCAAAUUUGAAAGGUAUACCAUUUGAUCAACUGCCUCAGUAUCUAAAAAGUGGAGCCGGUUGCUUUCUGAACAUUGGAGCCAAUAACGCAGGGUGUGACGGAGCUCCGCUGCUUCCCCUUCUAUAUGUGGCCAGCAACAUAGCAUUCAACAUAUCAGUCCUCAAUCUACUGAAAAUUUCCAGUGCGGUUGUGUCUUCUCUUGUUACUAUGGUCUCAGUGCCAGUUUCCAUUUAUGUUCUUUCCCUCCCAUUGCCGUAUCUCCCUGAAAGUUCAAGCCUGGGAGCGUACUUUGUCCUUGGAAGUGCAAUUUUGAUGUUAGGACUCGUUUUAUACAACUCGCCUCAGUUUUCUAGCAAAGCUCUUGACAAUAAUGAGGAAUCCUAGCGACCUUUGAAGGCCAUGAAAAGAAAAAAUGAUGUUAAUUACGGGAGAUGAAGAGGUGUUGAAGCGGUAAAAUACUUCGUAUAGCAAACAACAAAAGAAAAUUUGAUAGGAAAAAAAACAAAUUUAUUGAUGAAAGUCGGGGAUGACACGUGUCAUCUAAUCAUGUAUGGUUUUCCUUUUUAAAUACUAGGUAUAGAUAGAUAUCUUGAAGAGAAAUAUCAAUUUCCUUCACUGUGAAAGGUUGGAUCAGAAUGGAACAAGGACUUAGUUUAACAAUCAGAAGUAUGAUUUUAGGACUCUGAUACUAUUUUCAGCCCUAAUUUCUUUCAAUGUAGUGAAGUGAAGAAGAAAUGUAUAUUUGAAUCAACGAGCUUAAUCCGUUGCAUUCUGGA